AGUGACGUCACAGCGCGAUGGCGGCGGCUCCUUUAGGCAGCUGAAGGGGGAUUUAGGCCCGGAAGAUCCGAGUCCAUCCGCGGCGGGGAGAAGGCGAGCGGGGCCGGCAGGGGCCGGAGCAGCGGCGGCGGCGCUCGGACUGUCCCAUCCGCCCCGUAUUGAGGCGCUGAGAGCGACGGGGCGACCGGAAAGCGAUGGUGAAAGCGGGGCCGUGAGGGGGGCGGAGUCGGACGGGACCCGCAGUAGCGGCAGCAGCGGCGCCGCCUCCCGGAGCGCAGACCCAGGAAGCGGCCGGGCGGGCAGUAGCGAGCCGCACCGCUGCCAUGGAGCUGAGGGUCGGGAACAGGUACCGACUGGGCCGCAAGAUCGGCAGCGGCUCCUUCGGAGACAUCUAUCUCGGUACGGACAUUGCUGCGGGAGAAGAAGUUGCCAUCAAGCUUGAAUGUGUCAAAACCAAACAUCCUCAGCUCCACAUUGAGAGCAAGAUCUACAAAAUGAUGCAGGGAGGAGUGGGCAUCCCUACCAUCAGAUGGUGUGGGGCCGAGGGGGACUACAAUGUCAUGGUGAUGGAGCUACUAGGACCCAGCCUGGAAGACCUGUUCAACUUCUGUUCAAGGAAGUUUAGUCUCAAAACUGUUCUGUUGCUUGCUGACCAAAUGAUAAGUCGUAUUGAGUACAUUCAUUCGAAGAAUUUUAUCCACCGAGAUGUGAAGCCAGAUAACUUCCUCAUGGGGCUGGGAAAGAAAGGCAACCUGGUCUACAUCAUUGACUUUGGGCUGGCCAAGAAGUAUCGGGAUGCACGCACCCACCAGCAUAUCCCCUAUCGAGAGAACAAGAACCUCACAGGGACGGCACGCUAUGCCUCCAUCAACACACACCUUGGCAUUGAACAAUCUCGAAGGGAUGACUUGGAGUCUCUGGGGUACGUGCUGAUGUACUUCAACCUGGGCUCUCUCCCCUGGCAGGGGCUGAAGGCCGCCACCAAGAGGCAGAAGUAUGAGAGGAUCAGUGAGAAGAAGAUGUCCACUCCCAUUGAAGUGCUGUGCAAGGGCUAUCCUUCUGAAUUUGCCACAUACCUGAAUUUCUGCCGUUCCUUACGUUUUGAUGACAAACCUGACUACUCCUACCUGAGACAGCUCUUCAGAAAUCUGUUCCAUCGCCAAGGCUUCUCCUACGACUAUGUGUUCGACUGGAACAUGCUCAAAUUUGGUGCCAGCCGGGCUGCAGAUGAUGCUGAACGGGAACGCCGGGAUCGAGAAGAACGAUUAAGACACUCCCGGAAUCCAGCCACUCGUGGCCUCCCUUCUACAGCUUCCGGCCGUCUGCGGGGAACCCAGGAAGUGGCUCCCCCAACGCCCCUUACCCCUACCUCACACACGGCCAACACCUCUCCGAGGCCCGUCUCUGGCAUGGAACGAGAACGGAAAGUGAGUAUGCGGCUGCACCGUGGGGCCCCAGUCAACGUCUCCUCAUCUGAUCUCACGGGCCGACAAGAUACCUCUCGCAUGUCCACCUCACAGAAUAGCAUUCCUUUCGAACACCACGGCAAGUAGCUGCUCGUCUCCAUCGGAAGGCAGCACUGGAUUCCCGGUCGGGUGGCUUCCAGUGGUCUUCAGUCUGUCGUGCACCGAUGAGAACUCUCCUUUUUGCUGUGAAGGGCAGACAAUGCAUGGCUGAUCUACUCUGUUACCAAUGGCUUUACUAGUGACACGCCCCCCGGUCUAAACCCGAAAUGUUAACGCCGGGAGCUCUCCAGGCCACUCACCCAGCGAUGCACAUGGGGAAUCAAAACACAAACUAAAUGGACAGGCUCCAAGAGCUGCCAUCGCCAGGGGCUGCCACCGUGGCCCCGUGUGAGCUCAGUUAUCAUGGGGCUGGGACGAAGAGCAGAGGCUGGGAGACCAUUGCAGAGAACCCAACUCCCUGUGAAGAGCCUCUCAGCUCCCACCAGUGGUGGCGGACCUGCGCUCCCUGAUGAUCCCACCGCAGCUACCAGUCUUCUACUUGGUUAAGACAGUUUUGUAUCAUUUUGCUAAAAAUUACUGGCUUAAAUCUGUGUAAAGAAAUCUGUCUUUUUAUUGUUUCUUUCUUGUCUGUUUUUGCGGUCUUAAACAAAAAAAAGAUGUUGACCUUAAAGAGUCCUAAGACACGCUGGCUUGGAGCUUCUGUGUAAAUGGAGGCAGGCAAGAGAGGGGCACACGUGAGUGUCGAGGAUGCGUGUGGCGUUCUGUUUUGUUUUCUCAUGUUGUGCUGUUCACUUUGGAAAGGAACUUUUCAUCAGUUGUGUAUGUGUGUGUGUGCGUGUGUGUGCGAGCGCGUGUGUGUUUUGUGGGCUCCCAUCAGCCUAAUUUGGGCAUCUUGCUUACUCUUUCCCACUGUAAGCUGAUAGGCCUGCAGUCAUCAGAGCAGGCACAACUGCCAUGGCGUGAGGGCUCGGCAAAGCACCGCGCACAGCGCGGCACAGCAGUCUUCCCAAGGAGGCAAGAAGGAAGUCAGAACUGAAGAACCCACAUGCUGAGACCCGGGAGCCCUCUGGGCUGCUGGAGAGCUCCAAGAGUCACAGCUGAGCUUGUGUUUGUGGUUUCUAGGGAGAGGAUUGCUGUUUGGUAGGAUUGGUUUCCUCUUUGCCUUUGAACUUGGGAAGUUGCAGAAUAGACUGAAUUGUCCCAUGCAGAUGCCACUUGGGUUUGUCAUGGUUUCUCUGCUCAGAGCCAGGGAGCAGGCUGUCCUAGAAACACGCCGUGGUUUACCCAGAGGGACCAGUGGCCAAAGGGAAUCAACCCUGAAGUGCCAAGAAGCAGGUGACUGCCUACCUGACUCUCAAACCUUCACCUCCAGAAAGGUGUGGUGCCACACGCUGCAUGAUCUUCAGCUGGACACACUGCGGGCUGGGCUGCUCUGCCGCUGGCGGUUAGGAUGUCACCAUGCUCUUCCCAACCAUGUGCACCGGAUAUGAAGAGACAGCAGGACCUGAGCUCCCCAUUUGAGAAAUGGGGUGCAGUACAUGUGUGGGUCCAUCUCUGAUUUUCCCUGUCAGCCUAUGGAGAGUUAUGCUGGUUACUUCGCUCCCUUGGAGGUUUGGCCUCUAAUGGUGCCACCAUGGCUUCUCCCCUCUUCCCAGAGUUCCCUGGCUCUGAGCACUGGCCCAGGGUUGGGGGGACACACUGCUGAUGUGUUAUAUAGCAUCCCAGAAUGUGGCUGUUAACUGUGCCUGCCAGCCAUCUGAGCCUGUGGGUGCUUCUCUCUGAAUCCCGAGCUGGUUACUCUGCAAGCAUUUUAGGGUGCAGAGACUUGACUUGGUGGGCCUGUGUGUCUAGGAGUGCAGAGGGAGGUUGGGAGGGUCGGGCGCGUUUGAGAUUUUUGUUGCAAAUCCUUUAUCAGAGUUGGUCCUCCCCUCUCCAGUGGCAGGCCUGCCUGGCAAGUGUUCUUGUAGAUACCUGUGGUGCUGGAGGGGUAUGGGGUGGCCUUGAGACUAAUCCAGGUUCAGCCUGGCCCUGCUGGGUUGUGCCGAGACUAGGACCAUUGGAAGUCCUCCAGGGUGUGGUUCUGACGGUUCUUGCCCGAUAUGUAAUCCCAUCGUCACUCGCAGGAAGCGUAGUUAGAAUGUGUGUAUCAACCUGUGUCUUGGUGACCAGUCUCUGAGCUGUGCGUUUGUACUACCACUGUAUUUGUGUACUUUAACAAUUGUGUAAAUAAUAAAUUCAUAAUGACUUCUACCUUU